UAAAUGGCGAGCUCCCAAAGGGGCCUGCCCCCCGCUGAAGUCCUUCGCCGGCGACCGGUUUCGUGCGGCCGCGUGGCAUGGCAUGAGAGAGAGAGAGAGAUCAAUUUUUGGAACACGGAGCACUCGCUUCCAUUGCCUUCUUUUCUCCAGGAUUUCUUCUCAUCUUCUGCGAAUCGAGGGGAGUCGGGAGCUUCGGAAAGAUGUCGAGAUCCAGGGUCAGACGAGGGGAAUUGCCCCCUCCGCAAGAGACUAUAGAGAAGUUGGAGAAGAUGGUGGAGGAUGGAAAUUAUUAUGCAGCCCAACAGAUAUACAAGUCGUCUAGUGCAAGAUACAUAGCCGUUCAGAAAUAUUCUGAGGCAUUGGAUAUCCUUCAGGCAGGCGCUUUGAUCCAAUUGAAACAUGGGCAGGUUACUUGUGGGGCUGAACUGGCUUUGUUGCUUGUGGAAACACUUGUCAAGGGAAAGUUACCCUAUAGCGAAGAAACUCUGGAUCUUCUCAGGAAGAUUUAUCAAGGUUUUCCAAAGAUACCUCUUCCACAGAACUUCGGAGAUCAUGAUGAUGAUGACAUGCAAAAGCUCUCAGAAGCUUUGAUGGCGGCAAAAGUACGUGUUGAGAGUUGCUCAUCAUUUUUGAAAGCUGCAAUUAGGUGGUCAGCUGAGUUUGGGGCGCCCAAAAGUGGAUCUCCUCAAUUGCAUGAUAUGUUGGCUGAAUAUCUAUAUUCUGAAUCUCCUGAGCUGGACAUGACUAAAGUCUCUAGCCAUUUUGUUCGUGGAAGUGAUCCAAAGAAGUUUGCUUCCACCCUGGUGAACUUCAUGGGCAAGUGCUAUCCUGGGGAAGAUGAUGCAGCAAUUGCACGUGCAGUCCUCCUGUACCUAUCACAAGGGAACCUGAGAGACGCCAAUUACCUCAUGGAUGAGCUUAAAAAGCAACUGGAAUGCAAGCAGCUUGAUUUUCCCCGCUCAGAUUUGAUUCAAUUUAUUGAGUAUCUUCUGCGGACGCUGGAAAGGGAUGCUUUUCCACUUCUUAAGAUAUUGAGGCAGAAGUACAAGUCAAGUAUUGACCGGGAACCAUUAUUUGAUGAGUUAUUAGAUGAAAUUGCAGAGAAGUUUUAUGGAGUGCGACGCAGAAGUGGCCUACAAGGCAUAUUUGGUGAUCUUUUCAAGAUGAUGUGAGAGGCAGUGUGAAGAAUCGUAUUCUUAUCCACCCCCAAGACUCAAGCUUGGACACUGAGCUUGGAGUUAUCUGAAGUGAAGUCAGUCUAGAAAUGACAAAACACACAAAUUGCAGAAGCUGAUGUUUCAAAUUUGUUAGCUACUCCUAGCUAGCAUCAUAUGGGGGAUAUCCUCCGGACAGCAGCUGAGACAGAUUUGACUGUUAUUAUCUUCUGUUGAUCCUGAACUAGGUCUAAAUAUAGCAUCAGCAUUUGUAAUAAAAUUAUCCAUUCAUGAAAUAAUCAGGCGUCUUGUGAUCAAUUAUGCUCCCAAAAUUGAGCACUCUGAAAUUUUUUUGGUAUGAAUUUGUAGAGGGAUACUGGUUCGUGAAACUAUUGUUGAGCUGCUUCUUGAGAAUAUAUGAUAAACAUUCCUGACCUGCA